GAAGUGGCCAGUCAUACGCUAAACGCCUAUCCCUAUCCCAAGAAUUCCAAAUCUUCAUGAAUGGGUCAAUCCUUUGCUUGCAAUCACAAGGAGGUGGGGCCAGGAGUUACUAGUCACGUAACUGGGGCCAGACUUGAGGAGGUGCUUGAUCAAUAGAUGAGUCAGACAGAGCAGGCUAAGAGUAUAAAACCUCAGGAGCCCCAGUGUUCCUCACAUCACCAUCAUCUCCUUCCCUCACUCACCUCCCCUGGUGCUUCGGGGUUCUCCUUCUCCUUAAACAAGAUGUCUCACCAGAAAAAGCAGCCCACUCCCUGUCCUCCCGUGGGUUGUGGAAAGACCUCCGGUGGAGGAGGCGGUGGCGGCGGCGGUGGUGGCGGCGGCGGAGGCUGUGGCUACUAUAGCGGUGGCAGCGGUGGCGGCUCCAGCUGUGGAGGUGGCUCAUCUGGAGGAGGCUCCAGCUGCGGAGGCGGAGGCGGUGGCUCCUACGGAGGCGGUUCCAGCUGUGGCGGAGGAGGCGGCUCCGGUGGGGGCGUCAAGUACUCCGGAGGCGGUGGCUCCAGCUGCGGCGGGGGCGGCUACUCCGGGGGCGGCGGUGGCUCCAGCUGCGGCGGCGGCGGCUACUCCGGGGGCGGCGGUGGCUCCAGCUGUGGCGGCGGCGGCUACUCCGGAGGCGGCUCCAGCUGCGGAGGCGGUGGCGGCUCCGGUGGGGGAGUUAAGUACUCCGGUGGCGGAGGCGGCGGCGGCUCCAGCUGCGGCGGCGGCUACUCCGGCGGCGGCGGCUCCAGCUGCGGCGGCGGCUACUCCGGCGGCGGCGGCGGCUCCAGCUGCGGCGGCGGAUCAGGAGGCGGCGGCGGCUCCUACUGCGGAGGCUCCUCCGGAGGCGGCGGCUCUGGUGGCUGCGGCGGCGGUUCCGGAGGGAGCAAGUACUCUGGCGGCGGCGGCGGCGGUGGCUCCAGCUGCGGCGGCGGCUACUCCGGAGGCGGCGGUGGCUCCAGCUGCGGCGGCGGCUACUCCGGAGGCGGCGGCUCCAGCUGCGGCGGCGGCGGCUACUCUGGCGGCGGCGGCGGCUCCAGCUGCGGAGGUGGUUCCUCCGGUGGCGGCGGCGGUGGGUCGGCGCAACAGUAUCAGUGCCAGAGCUACGGAGGCGGCUCUAGCGGGGGCUCCAGCUGCGGAGGCGGCUCCUCCAGUGGCGGCUCCAGCUGCGGUGGAGGCUACUCCGGUGGCGGCGGCGGCGGCAGCUGCGGUGGUGGCUCCUCCGGGGGCGGCUCCAGCUGCGGAGGAGGCGGCGGCUACUCCGGUGGUGGCGGCGGCAGCUGCGGCGGCGGCUCCUCCGGGGGCAGCGGCGGCUACUACUCGUCGCAGCAGGCCACCCAGAGCUCCUGCGCUCCCCAGCAGAGCUACGGAGGGGGCUCUUCAGGCGGAGGUAGUAGCUGCGGAGGUGGCUCCUCUGGUGGCGGCGGCGGCGGCUGCGGCGGAGGCUACUCCGGUGGCGGCGGCUGCGGCGGAGGCUAUUCCGGUGGCGGCGGCGGCGGCUGUGGCGGCGGCUCCUCCGGGGGUGGCAGCGGUGGUUGCGGAGGCGGCCACUCCGGGGGCGGCGGCGGCGGCUCUAGCUGCGGCGGCGGCUCCUCUGGGGGCGGCUCUGGAGGUGGCAAGGGCGUCCCGGUCUGCCACCAGACCCAGCAAAAGCAGGCGCCUUCCUGGCCCUGCAAGUAAGGUCCCCAGGUUGCCACGGAGACGAAGGAGCUGGAGGUGUUCUCCGUGGGCGCCGGCAGGCUUAACUUUCUCAUGAGAUUGCCCGAGGGUUUCCAGACCCUUCGCAUCUUGACACCCCCCACCCCCGCCCCAGAAGAAGCCAUUGAGUCACUCAAGCUGCAUCUUGUUCUGCAGAUGUUCCGUCUUGGUUUCUGAAUGACUACCUCCCAACUCCAGUACCUCCUCAGUCAAUAAAUUUGCAAUUCAUGAGAA